AGAAGAAGGGAAAAAACUCCCCACAGCUUUUCGCCGAGACCAUCUUCUUCCGAUAAUAAUAGCCCCUCCCGAAGAGGAGAGCGAGCAGCCUCCUUUCUCUCUCUUCCCUCCUUUCUCUCUCUACAGUACCAAGCGACUCUCGCCUUCUCUCUCUCUCUCUCUCUCUCUGUGUCUAGAGCGAACGCGUUUCGACCCUUUAAAGCGUUAUGGAGUCUCUGGGUUUCAUGGAUGACCUCCUUGACUUCCCCGACUUGGGCGAGGUCGUCGACGAGGAAGACGACCUCGGCAAGAGCAGCUGCUCCAAGGCCAAGGCCGCCGCCGCCGCCGCCGCGACCUCGCUGCCCGACUCCGCGAGCUUCGACGCUUCCUCGACCCCUUCCCUCCCUGAAUGGGAGGAAGAGUUGGAAUGGAUAUCUAACAAGGACUCGUUCCCGUCUUUGGAAUCAUUCGUCAUUUUGCCCGAGCAACCGGGGAACAACUUUAAGGAAGACAACCUAAUUCCCCCGCUUGAAAAUAGCAGCAGCAGCAGCACAACAACCAGCACACACAGCAGUGGCAACAGGAGUGGUACCGUGACUAUUGCGAGUUGUUGCGGCGGGCCCCCCCCGCCAUUCCGCCGUGCCCGAAGCAAGCGGGCCCGUGAGCGCCGGCACGGGGACUUAAGUGUUUUUGCUGCCGAGAGAUUAUUAAUCUCGCGGGACCAAGAGAAGGCAAAUAAGAAGACGAAGUUGGGUGGUCAAGGCAGUGUCAAGAUCGGGAGGAAGUGCUUGCAUUGUGGGUCGGAGAAGACACCGCAGUGGCGUGCAGGGCCGCAGGGGGCCAAGACUCUCUGUAACGCUUGCGGGGUGAGGUUCAAGUCAGGCCGGCUCGUGCCUGAGUAUAGGCCGGCGAAUAGCCCGACUUUCUCAAGUGAGUUGCACUCGAACUCGCACCGGAAGAUAAUAGAGAUGAGGAGGACGAAGCAAAUGGGGGGUGGGGGGGUGAAAGGUGUGGAUAUAAGAGUAAAGUAGUGGAGAGUAGUGUUAGUAGUCUAGUCUUCUUUUAUAUAAUUCAUCAUUUAGGUCUCUUUUCCCUUUUAUAGGCAUAGUCUUAGUGUUUAGGAGUGAGGGCUUUGGUUUAAAUUUAAUGGGAGAUUUCAAAGUUCUUUAUCAUGCUGAAAGAAAUACCAUUUGGGAAUUUUGACAUUGGCAAUGUUGGCUUGUCAUGCUUUAGAACAAGAAAGGAGAAAAAGGAGGAGGAAGAAGUUAGAGCUCAUUUUCUUUGUUGCUUAUUUCGAAUUCUUUUUGCAAGUGCUUGAAUUGCUGCAGAUGAGGAAGUUUUGGGAUAGUGUUGCUUGCAAGAAUUUAGGGUUUUGGUGAUGCUUGGUUGAGGAAACAGAUUCUCGUGGUGUUCGAUAACUUUGAAGUUUGACUUGGCGUGGAGGUUAGUUGGAGAGCGUUUGGUGUCGAUGAAUGGUGAUUUGUAACAUAAAUUUUAGUCCGAUUGAAUUGGAGAUUGCAGCUGAUUUUCCCAGCUGCCUUGUUUUGUUUGACAUUAUUGGUUUACCUUGCAGCAUCGAUAGAUAUUCUUAA